AUGACGGCUGGCGAGAAUGCAGAGCUCGACGCCAAGAUUGAGGCCUUCCUGCGCCUCGCCGGCAGCCGCCUACGUCUGAUGCCUGCGGUCAAGGCCAUCGAGUGGCUCAUCAGGCGUUUCCAGAUCCACGAGGACAACACGAAAGCCCUGCUGACGACCUUCCUCCCCUACCACUCCAUACCCGCCUUUGUCACCCUACUGUCCAUCCUCCCCGCCAAGAUACCCGCCGAAUACCGCUUCCUGCACCCCUACAUCCGCUCCCUGACGAGCCCGCCCCGCUCCGUCCUUGUGCACGAGGCCAUCCAAAAGUCCGACUUCCUCUCGACCCUGUCCGAAUACACCCUCGAGGCCUGCCGCCACCAGCAGCAGUACCCCACCCUCGUCUCCUUCUGGGGCGGCCUCAUGACCGAGGCCGUCAAUGGCCUGCUCGAGAACGCCCGCUCUGGCCGCCACGCCGUGCAGAAGGACAACGACCAGGCCCUGCUACAGCGCCUGGGCCCCGUCUUUGGCGAGGCCCUGCUCAUGAAGAAGGUGCCCAGCAUGCAGAUCGCUACCUACAUGGCCAUCUCCGUCUUUGCCGCCAAGGGCCACUUUGACGACGGCGUCCUGUCCGCCUUUAUGGAGCAGAUUGUCCACGGUUGGAGCCACGAGACGGCCCGCCCCGGCCUCGUCUGCCUGUCCAUUCUCGCCCAGCACCGCUCCGCCAAGCAAAUGUCCGGUAAGGUCACAAAGGCCCUCAUGAAGGUCCCCGACCUCGGCGCCGUCCUCGUCGACAUUGGCCGCCAGCAGAGGGCCGACAAGCUGACCAACGGCCUCUGCAUCGCCCUCGUCGAGCGCCUCUGCAAAAAGGGCGACGACCGCGGCCUGCCCGUCAUCCGCGCCGUCCUCACCGGCCAGGUCCUGCAGGAGAAGCAGAUUGCCGUCGUCUUCAAGUCCCUCGUCCUCGCAGCCCACCGCCUCAACGACGAGAUCGACCCCGAGGGCCAGGUCCGCAAGGAGCUCGGCUCGACGCUGAUCGACCUCUCCCGCCACACGGGCGACUCGAGCGACAUAAUCCAGAGCGUCAUCCAGGAGGGCGACCUCGACGUCGAGGCGCUCGAGAUGAAGCUCGACGUCUCCAUACGGCAGCAGAAGGUGCUGCAGGCACCAGAGGACGUCGACAUGACUGGCACCAGGCCCACCAAGGCCCCGAAGCUCGACCUCCACGCCGCCCUCGAGUGCCACGCCGCCACGCAGGAGGCCGCUCCUCCUCUGCCCUCGUGCCUCUCCGCCAGCCCCGGCGACGUGUACGACGAGUUCAGCCAGCUGUUCCUUCAGAUUGUGGCGCAGAGCACUGAGGAGCCCGCCCUCCUGACCACGUUUACCCAACUCCCGACCCUCCACCGCCAAGAGGCGGCCACGGAUUGCACCUACGCCGCCUUUUUCAUUCGCAUCUGGUGCGGCCCCUACCCCACGCUGGCUCGUGCUGCUGCUCUGGACGCCGUCAAGCAGGGCUUUCAAGCCGGCAACGCCGCCGACACCGACUUCCAGGCCAUCAUUCCCUUUUGUCUCGUGGCCCUCCUCGACUCGUCGAGAAAGGUGCGUCGCGCCGCUGCUGAUCUCCUCAUCCAGGUCAAGGCCAUGUCCCCCACCACCCCCGUUAAGGGCAAGAAGCCGCAGGCCUGGGGAGGCAACGGCCUCUACCCGGACGGUAUCAAGACUCAGGCCAUGGAGCCCGAAGUCGUCUCGAAGUUGCUCGACGACGUCCUGCUGCCGAGCCUCGAGGAGUGCAUCAUGCACGAGGACUUCAUCAGCACCCUCCUCCACGCCAGCCUCGACAGCAGCGCCAAGAAGACCGACGACAAGAAGGCCCUUUCCCAGUCGACGAGGCAGUCUAUCUUCGCGUCCCUCGCGAGCCACCUCGUCGCGUCGCCCCUGCUCAGGGUCAAGUCCAGCCUUCUCGCGCUGCUCAACCAGAUCAAGGGCGUGUCGUCCGUGUCGAGGACCAAGGUCCUGCUGCCGGCGUUCCGCUGGUGGGCCGCCCUCACCGCCGAGGAGGCGACGGUGCUGUGCCAGAACGAGCAGGUCGACCCGUUUGCGCUCCACCAGCGGUUUGCCGAGACGGUGGUGGCCAACGACCAGAGCGGCCUCGAAUUCCUGCUGUCCAUCAUCCAGGACCCGGCCUCCGAGCGCCGCCCGGAGCUGGUGCGGUCGAGCUUUGCCUGCCUGCGCGCCAUGUAUGCUUUCAUGAAAUGGGACUCCAAGUCGGAUCUCUCGAGGACCAAGCUAACAUUUAUCCCAGCCGUCGUACACUCCGACGAGCAGCUUUUAGUGUUGCGGCCCACGAAAGCGGCCGAUCGCCUCAAGAACUUUGAAGCGAUACAAACAUCCCGCUUCAUGUAG